AUGCAAGCAGCCGAGAAGAGUUCAUGGACAUUUGGCGAGGUGUACUGCACCAUGUUAGUGGCGUGCAUGAGUGGGACCUGGAUCGUGCUGAACCGCAGAUGGCUGAAGGAUGUGGAGAAGUUCCUCACAUUUCGGACCACCUCACAGCUGGAAUCAUUCCAAAACCAUAUUCUGAUCAAAGGCCAAGUGUCCCUAAAGAGACUGUACAGCAAAAAAUCGAAACGGUAUCGGCGUGUUGCAGUCCGACAACAAGAAAUAGUCAAUUCUGCCCCACCUGUGGAAAAUGUCAAAGCGCGCUGGCCAGCACUUCAUACAGAGAGACAGGUCCUGGCAGAAUUUAACCAGAUCACCAGCUCCAAACUGGGCAAUGAUUUCGUUGAAGCAUUGGAUUGCCUAACGACACAGUUCAUCAAGCUCUUUAAGGCCAAAAGGGGGUCUGCUGGCGCUAAGCUUUCCAAGAUUGUCCGGCACCUCGAUUCCUGUCAGAGGAGAUGGGGAAAGGAGAAAGGUACACAUCAAAAGAGAUGGUGGAACUGCAGGAAAACCCUGGUGACCGAGAGAUCCUUAAAGAUUAUAAUUCUUGACAUGAGUGAAACACAUGGACAAAUGCCUUCCUGA